AUGACUUCUUUUGAAAGCUUAGACAGAGACAGUGAAGAUGGAGCAGGUAUUCGCAUGUACAUUGGUACAUAUGAAGGACAUAGAAACGAGAAAUAUGAACGCCAUGGGUUUGGUCACGCUUUGCUACCAAACGGCGAUGAAUAUGAAGGUGAAUAUGUAAAUGGAAAGAGACAUGGCAGGGGGAAAUACGUGUUUUUCAGUAAACAGGCAAGGUAAUAAACUUAUUUAUAAUGAUGCGUGAGAAAUUUCUGCAAUUUGAUUGGCUUUGAGCCGUGGUAUUUCUGCUUAAUUUGAGGUACUUACAUGUGAAAAUUACAAACCUUUUGCGGGAAGUAGAAAAGAAAAAAUAAAGGCAUGAUUUGGACGUGAUAUUUGGCAUAAAUACCACUCGUAAUAUUUCAAAAUUGUCUCAAAUUUCACUCCCUCAUCGGCUCGUGAAAUUACGUAUAACAAUUUUGAUAUAUCACUCGUGGUAUUUUUGCCAAAUAUCACUACAAAAAUGAAUCAUGCUAUUACCUAUACAAACAACGCGGCAAGUGAACAUUAUGGGGAAUAUUUUGGGUUUGACAAUUCUUCUAUAGCGAUCAUUAAAAGCAAACGAAAGUACUAGCCAGGUCUGAAACAGAGAAAAGUAUAUGUGUAUAUAUAAUUUGAAGCAAGGAUAAAACUAGAUCACAAAAGAUGGAGUGUAAUAUCUGCUUUUCUCCUAUUGAAAAUUUACACUUGACUACUGAUACACUGAAGUGCUUAAAUAUCAGUAUCUAUCAAGUUUAACAUGGCAAAUUGAAUUUUGCAAUCGUUCCCGAUAACUCGAAACCUCGCUAACUUGCAUUGAACUGUUUUUCGUUUCCCUUCAGAGUUCGAGUUCCCGGGGUUCUACUGUAUGUAGAAAAAAUCAUAAACAACUCUUACCAGUUUGAAAUUGCGUAAAAAAAACUUGAAUUUCCAUUACGUCUCCUUGCGGUUACAUCUAGAGAUCUGUCCAGCAAUUUCUUUUCUUGUACGGUUCUCACCUGUGGAUAUGCAAUUCUUCUUGAAUCGCUACAUCAUGAAGACCGUUUAUCCAAGCUUACGCUGGAACUGUAGAUGUGCACUAUACUUGAAUUUCACAAAAUUGGCAUAACUAUAGUUCACCGACAUGUUAUUUGGCUUGGUUUUGCUGCGAGUUUGUUUUAUAUUCAAACGCGCUUUCAAACCAAAUAACUAACCAAUUAAAUUACAGAAAACACAGUUCUCUGGGGGCACUUUUCUACAGCACGUGUUUUCUCAAGUCCAAAAAUUCUUGUUGAUUUCGCCCUUAAAUUUCUACCAAAGUAAAGCAGUGCUCUAUGCUUUUUGCAUAAUCGCUCAAUGAACAUCAAAAUUUCCCGCUGAAGGAAAUGUUCUUUCUUUUCUUUUUGGCCGUUUUGUUUUUGUAUUCUUUGCUGUUAUUGUUGUUGUUGCUUUUUUUAGACCAUAUUUUACCUAUUGGCUGGUUUCAGUUUAUUCAUAGUGCAUCCCUCCAUCACAGCCUCGCGAGGAGUUGCGAUAAACGUAUAAUUUUCUAGUUUAUUUCUUAGGUACGAGGGACAAUAUGUCAACAAUCAAAGACAUGGUCAAGGAACAUUCUGGUACCCUGAUGGGUCAGUGUAUGAUGGAGACUGGACCGAGGGACAGAGGAAUGGUUAUGGUGUAUACAUAUAUGCUAAUGAAGAUAAGUACCUAGGGAUGUGGAAAGACGAUCGGCGACAUGGGCAAGGGGAAUACAUCUACAAGGACCACAGGCUUAAAUACAAAGGUAAGUCCCCUGCAAGUUAAGUUUGGAGCUAACUUGAUGAAUGCCUUGAUUUAGAGAAUCCCGAACGCUCUAUAAAUAACACGAGUGAGGUUAUGGUGACAGUAAUGAUGAUGAUGAUGAUGAUGAUGAUGAUGAUGACAAGAGGAAAAAGAACAAGAAGAAGAAGAAGAAGAAAAAGAAGAAAAGGAAUCGCAUAAUGUAAACAACUACUAUAAAAUAUCACUUGGGAACCCCGAACGUUCUAUGAAUAACACGAGUGGGGUUAUGGUGACAGUAAUGAUGAUAACGAUGAUGAUAAUGAUGAUGAUGAUGAUGAUAAUAACGAUGAUGAUAAUAAGGAGAAGAAGAAGCAGAAGAAGAAGAAGAAGAAGAAGAAGAAGAAGAAGAAGAAGAAGAAGAGGCAGAAGCAGAAGCAGAAGAAGAAGAAGAAGAAUCGUAUAAUAAAAACAAAUUACUAUAAAAUAUCACUUGCUCAUAACAGUUAGGAAACUAAUGAAUAUAAUGACAUGGGCUGAUGAUAAUAACGAUUAUGAUGAUGGCAAGAAGAAGAAGAAGAAGAAGAAGCAGAAGCAGAAGAAGAAGAAGAAGAAGAAGAAGAAGAAGAAGAAGAAGAAGAAGAAGAAGAAGAAGAAGAAGAAGAAGAAGAAGAAGAAGAAGAAGAAGAAGAAGAAGAAGAAGAAGAAGCAGAAGCAGAAGAAGAAGAAGCAGAAGAAGAAGCAGAAGCAGAAGCAGAAGCAGAAGAAGAAGAAGAAGAAGAAGAAGAAGAAGAAGAAGAAUCGUAUAAUAAAAACAAAUUACUAUAAAAUAUCACUUGCUCGUAACAGUUAGGAAACUAAUGAAUAUAAUGACAUGGGCUUGUGAGUAAAAGAAAAAAUGCUGCCGCCAGCCUCAAAAAGAUACGAGACCCGUCUUCCUGUUUCAAUCACUACACAACACUGAAAAGUUGUCCUUUUUCUUGCAUUUUCCAGGUAACUGGACCAACGGGAGGUUUGAAGACGAAGGAACAAUUGUGACCCCUAAUUACUCAUACUCAGGGACCUUUAGCGGUGAGGAACCUGUCGGCCCGGGAAGGUUCCAUUUUGACACGGGCUGUGAGCAGGAGGGCGAAUAUGUGACCAAAAGGAUUGUCCGCCGUACAAGCACCAUGAGGGAGGUAGUUCAUGUGCCGGUAUGGAGAUGUCUGAUGUUGUAUGAUGCUGGGCCCAGAAAGACAACUUUGAAUUCUUAA